AUGAGGGUACUUGCGCUUGCUCUACUGGUGACUGUGUGUGUGGAGGCAAUGCCAGAGCGGCGGCAGAAACGAGCAUACGUUCUUCACUCCACUCCACAGGAGGGACCUUUUGAAAGACUGAAGAGAAAAACUAUUGAAAAAAUGCAACACAACAUGGGACGCUCGAUUGAGGAAAUCAACGAGAAAAGCGGAGUCACAGGCGCUUACGAAGGAGAUAUUCUCCUCACAAAGAACGAGCUCGAAAGGGUGGGAACUCGUUCUAGAAGGCAAGCAAUGAGAGACCUUAGCAGAAGAUGGCCGAACAACAAGGUUCCCUACACAUUUUACCAUCCAGGCGAAAAGGCUAGGGAGGCCUUCAAGAAAGCAGCGCAAUUAUGGAAUGACAGCACGUGCAUUGACUUCACAGAAUUUCAGCAAUGGAAGAAGAAAGGCGAUCCCAUCCCACGUAUAAAUGCACAGAUUGCGAAAAAGGUCACACAUACCUGCAUCAAUAGUGGUUAG